ACUUUCAUUUUAACACUUCCGGUUUAAGUCCUUUUCCGGUGCUCGUACAACCAUUCAACAUGAGUGAAGGGGCGGCCACCAUCCGAACUAGAAAGUUCAUGACAAAUCGUUUGUUGUGCAGAAAGCAAAUGAUUGUUGAUGUACUGCAUCCAGGCAAGGCCACAAUUCCUAAAACAGAAGUUAGAGAAAAACUUGCCAAGAUGUACAAAACUACCCCAGAUACCAUCUUCUGCUUUGGAUUCAGGACGAAGUUUGGUGGAGGCAAAACUUCAGGCUUUGGAUUAAUAUACGACAGCUUAGAUUAUGCGAAGAAGUUUGAACCAAAGUACAGAUUACAAAGACACGGCUUAGUUGAAAUAAAGAAAUCAGGCAGAAAACAAAGGAAAGAAAGGAAAAACAGGCAAAAGAAAGUCCGUGGUACAAAGAAGGCUAAAGUGGGAACAGGAAAGAAGAAGUAAACCAUGGUUCCACAGUACAUGUAAAGUAGUGAGCUGGUGGAUGCAAGAAGCUGGACAUUUGUUGUUAUUUGUAAAUAAACUUUGUCCAGGA